UUUGUGAUAUCAACAUCAUCGAUUUGAGAUUGAUUUGCACACAAACAACACCCCUCCACUCAAUCAUCCAACAGUCGUACUCACAGAAAAAUCGAACAGGAGAAAAACAAUCAUCAAAACAUCAUGUCCAAUCAAUCAAUAACAAAUCAAGAUUAUGAAUCAAAUUAUGAUUCUGGUGGUGGUAUACAAUUGUCAAAUAAUGAUAUGUCUUAUGGUUAUCAUAAUCAAACAAAUUCCAAUUCAUUUGGAUCAUCAACAACAAAUUCAUUAAAAUCAUCAUCCACAUCAUCAACAACAGUGAAAACAUCAUUUUUUCAAUCUUCAAAUCAGUCGAAAUAUGAAGAUUUAAAACAAAUGCUAGAAAAUUCAAAAGAAUUAUUAAAAUUAGAAGCAAUGAAACGUAUAAUAACAAUGAUUGCAAAAGGUAGAUCAGCUGAAUCGGCAAGAGAAUUAUUUCCACAUGUUGUUAAAAAUGUUGUUACAAAAAAUACUGAAUUAAAAAAAUUAGUAUAUCUUUAUCUAACACGUUAUGCUGAACAAGAACAAGAUCUAGCUUUGUUAUCAAUAGCAACAUUUCAACAUGCACUUAAAGAUCCAAAUCCAUUAAUACGUGGUUCAGCAAUUCGUGUAUUAAGUUCAAUACGUGUACCAAUGAUUUCACCGAUUGUAUUGAUUGCUAUAAAAGAUUGUGCAAAUGAUAUGUCACCUUAUGUAAGGAAAAUUGCUGCACAUGCUAUACCAAAAUUAGUAUCAUUAGAUUGUGAUAUUAAAGAUGAAGUAAUCGAUAUUAUUGCAAAAUUAUUAGCCGAUAAAGUUAGUUUGGUACUUGGUUCAGCUGUUGCUGCAUUUGAACAAGUUUGUCCCGAACGUUUUGAUCUUAUACAUCAAAAUUAUCGAAAAUUAUGUCAAUUAUUGGUUGAUGUUGAUGAAUGGGGACAGAUUAUUAUUAUUAAUAUGUUGGUUCGUUAUGCACGUACACAAUUUAUUAAUCCAAAUCGAUCAUCAUUAUCAUCAUCAGCUGGUGUUGAUCCUGAUCAUAUGCUUCUAAUACGUUCGGUAAAACCAUUAUUACAAAGCCGUAAUUCAGGUGUUGUAUUAGCCGUUAUACAGCUAUAUUUAUCGGUUGCACCACAUUUUGAAAUAACAGCAUCAUUAGUACGACCAUUAAUACGUUUAUUACAUUCACAUUAUGAAAUUCAAUUGAUUAUAUUGAAAAAUAUUGUAACAUUAACAUCGGCUGAAUUUAAUCAAAAAUGGUUAGAAGAUAAUGGACUUAUUCAAAAUAACCAAAAUACGAAUAACAAUAAUAAAUCAACAGCUAAUGGUGAACAAUCAUCAUCAUCACCAUUAUUAUUAUCAACAGAUUCUGAUCGUGCAAAACAACAAAAUGGUGAUAUUCAAAAAGAUGGUGAUAGCGAUGAUGAUGAUGACGAUGACGAUGAAGAAUCCGAUCAUCAUCACCAAUCAAAUAAUCAAACACCAAUGAUGAUUCGUACGAUAAAAUCAUUAUUUGAACCAUAUUUAAAAUCUUUUUUCGUCAAAGCAAAUGAUAGUACACAGAUAAAAAUAUUGAAAUUAGAAAUAUUAACGAAUCUAAGCAAUACAGGCAAUUAUAUAUCGUUAGUAUUAAGAGAAUUUCAAGCAUAUAUUUUAAAUUAUCAAGAUGAUUUAGAAUUUAUGUCGGCAACAAUUGAAUCGAUUGGUCAAUGUGCAUCACGUAUAAAAGAAAUUGCACCAGUAUGUUUAAAUGGUUUAGUAUCAUUAUUAUCGAAUCGUAAUGAAACAAUUGUUGCACAAAGUAUUGUUGUUAUACGUACACAGAUUAUUAAUAAAGAUCAAUCAAUAAUAUCGAUGAUUGUUAAACAGAUUGUACGAUUGAUGGGAAAAAUUUCACAACCACAAGCCCGAGCAACAAUUGUUUGGAUUGUAGCUGAAUUUUGUCAUCGUAAUCGUCAUGCACGUCGUUUAGCACCGAAUGUUUUAUUGCAAAUUGCUAAAACAUUUUGUCAUGAACAUGAUCUGGUAAAAUUACAAGCAUUAAAUUUGGCUGCAAAAUUAUCCAUUACAAUGAUCAAUGAUGAUGAUGAUGGUGAUGGUAAUUUUGGUGAUAAUAUUGAUGCCGAUGAUGAUAAAUUGGAAAAAUUAGAUAUUGAUCGUGAACGUCUUCGAUCAUUAAUAACAUAUGUUUUUAAUUUAGCAAAAUAUGAUCUUAAUUAUGAUGUACGUGAUCGUGGUCGUUUUCUUAAACAUUUAAUCGGUAAUCCGCAGCUAGCUAGACGUAUUUUAUUGAUGCCUAAACAACAGCCAAAUGUUUCACAAAGUAAUCAUUUACUUGUUCAACAACAACAACAACAACAACAAAUUAAUGCUGAUGUUAUAAUGGCCGAUCAAUUACCAUUAUCAUCACCGGCAGCAAUUCAUCAGCAAAACUCAUCAUCAUUAAUAUUGGCAAGUUCGAAUGAUUCAAUUCGUUAUCGUUUUGGUACAUUAUCACAUUUUCUUGGUAAACGUAUGCAAGAUUAUGAAGAACUACCAGAUUAUCCUAUUAAUGCACCGGAUUCAAGUGUUCGAAAACAACAACCAGAAUCUAUUUCGACACAUGCUGUCACAUCAUCAUUGGAUAAUAAUUCGAUAAAUAUGGAUGAUAAAUAUAGACUUCGACAACGAAAUGGAUUUUUAGAUGAUGUUGAUGUUGAUGUUGAUGAAGAAGAUGAAGAAGAAGAUUCAGAUGAUUAUGAUGAAGACGAUGAUGAUGAAGAAUUUGAAGAAGAAGAGGAAGUUGAUGAUGAAGAUUAUGAAGAAGUUGAUGAUGAUGAUGGUGAUGAUGAAGAAGUAUCUGAAGAUGAAGAAGACGACGAUGAUGAUAAUGAGUUGGAAGAAGAAGAAGAAGAAAAAGUGGUCAAACCGAUUCCAAAAUCCAAACAACAAAAAUUAUCAAAAUCUAAAUCGCAACAACAACAAUCUGAUGUUGAUCUAUUACUUGAUUUAAGUGAUUUAAAUAUGAAUGAUUCAAAUAAUGGACAAUCAUCUAUAUCACCAUUUCAUCAACCAUUAUUACCAACAAUGAUGAUGAGUGGAAAUUCGAUUCCAGUACAGUAUGAAUCACAAGAUCCAUAUCGAAUACUAGAAUCACCAGAAUCGGUUACAUAUAAAGAAUUUGAAUUACUUGAUGCAACUGCUACAGAUGGUUUUAAAAUAUCAUAUCGUUUUCCACGUAUUAAUGAAUCAACAAAAACUUUGGUCGAAUUAAUUGUAAAAUGUACAUUGAAAUUUGAUGAUAAUCGUAAUCAAAGUAGAAUUAUUGUACAACCACCUUCAAAUGGAUCGAUUCAAUUUAAAAAUAUUGAGUAUAAUGCUGAUGAUAAUCAAGCUAUGAUACCAUUAUUGGCACCAGAUGAAAAACGUUUAAUUACAUUGGCUGUUGAUUUUAAUGAAUCACCAUCAUUGGGUAUUGAAUUGAAAUUUAAUCGAAAACAUUCAGUAAAAUUGAUUGCACCAUUAGGCGAUAUAUUGUAUCCGGUACGUUUUCGUAAUGUUAAUGAUUUUCAACAGGAACGUUCUAAAUUAACCGGAAUGAAUGAAGUAACCAAUACGAUCAGAAUAGAAUCAAGCCAAAAAUCAUAUAAAUCAUUGAAACAAUUAUGUUUGACAAUCAAUCAGAUAAUAUUGAAUUUGGCAAAUGUUUGUACGAAUCAACAUUUCAACAAUAAUAGUGAUGAAACAACCAAAUCGAAUGAUAAUCAAACAUUAUAUCAUUCUGCAUGUACGGUUAAAUUUCGUUCAUUAAUUUUGAUUACAAUUCAAAUUGAAAACAACAACAGUGAUGAUGAUAAUGGUGAUGGUGAUCAAUGGACAUCAUUUACAUUGAAAACAAUGGUUAAUUGUGAAAAAAUGGUACUCGGGUCAAUGAUGAGUAAAUUGAUUAAAGAUGAAUGCCAAAAACAGCUAUAGAACCAUUUUUAUUUAACCAAAAAACAAAGAGAAU